AUUGGGGCGACUGCAAGAAAAAGUUGUUUGGAAAUAAGAUGUUAGCUAUAUAUUAGCAAAUGGUUACUCAAAACUGUUCGAGAGUCGGUUUUUAAUAAAAAAUACGAAUGAGACGCAACACCCAUACUUAUAUUCUCUGUAUCACCAACAUAGAUUUAACUGUAACGUUAGCUAGGUAGCUAGCUACACUUAUUGAUACCUUGUGACUUUAGUUAGCUACGCCAACGGCAGUAUUAAUUGCCAGCUAGCUAGCUAUAUUGCUAGCAACUUUACGAACAGACGUUCGCGAGUAAACGUUUUUCUCCCUCCUAAUUGCCAAUUGCUGUUCGCUACUUGAGGGUGCCGUUCCAUCUCCCUGCUGUAAGCCAAGGACUGUAAAUCAGCUGGCAACAUAACGGAAUGUCAGAAUGUCUGUUGGGGCAUCUGGCGUUUCAGUGUCCGCUAAGAAAGGGACUUUCGCGGCACUUCUGGCCGCCCAUGUGAGGAAAAGGCCUGCGGGCGUGAGCGAAAGCGAGCUACAGGAGGCGGCCAUCCAGCUGCUGAACCGGAACCAGAACCUCCCGGAGCUGCUUCAGGAGCAGGUAGAUUCUGCACCUUGUAAGGUGAGCCGCCUGGAAGAGGAGGGACUGAGAGGUGAACUUGACAAAGAUGCCAUUCCUGGAACUCCUCCCACACCCAGGGCGGAGGCUCUGCCCGCUCUUGGGGGUUCUCUCCUGGUAUUUGCGUUGCAGAGGGAGUCAGUGCGGUUGGGGGUCCCGGUGGGGAUGCUGUCUGCCAGGCUGGUGGCAGAGAAAGUGUGCAGCAUUUCAGGGAGCAGCGAGGGGCCGCUGCUGAACUCGGCCCAGAGGGCCCGGCUGGCUGUGUUGGUGAAGUCGACUGAAGGGCUGCUCUCUCUGGGAGCCUUCAGCCCCCAACUCUUAUGCCAGGAGCUCUGGAGUGCUGAGAGGCAGCCCCCAUUAGAGGUGGUCUGGAGUCUGCACUCUGGGAAUAUUCUCUCUCUGGGGAGCAUUCUGGACAGUGAGGAGGGGGCGGGGCCUUGGUUAGAGUCACAGUUGCGAGCGGUUUGCGGACAGACGGCUGCUGAGGAUGAAGAAGUCAGGCAGGAGGUCCUCACAGGUGUGUCUUCAGUUCUGAUACGGGCAGGGUUCCAGGAGACCCAAGACUCGGGAAUGACCUCCAGGAGAAGCACCCAGGUGUGCAGGUGUGUUCUGGACAACAUGCUCUAUUGGGUGCUGGACAGUGUGAGUCAGGCUCAGCCGUUGCAGUCCCAGCUACAAGAUGCAGAAUCAUGGGUGCAGGUGUUUGACGUGUCUCUGUGCAGUGUGUCCGUCUGCAGCGAUGUGUUUCUCCGAUUCCUCACCCACUCGCUCACACAAACCCUCACCUACAGGCCACGCCUCAAAGUGUCUGAUGCCAUUGCCAUGCAGAGUGCCUGGAGUUUUGCGAAGACCUCCCGCUUGCUGACGUUGCUGUAUCGGAAGCUCUCGGUGCUCUCCCCUGUGGACGAGCUGCUGUCCCACCUGCUGCAGGUGCUGGAGACUCAUGAGGUCAACUGGCAGCAUGUGCUGUCUCACCUGUCCACCCUGCUGGUGUACCACCCAGACGCCCAGCACAGCCUUACAGAGAUGCUGUCCCGUCUCCUGCGGUCUGCGUUUGAGGGGUACGACCUGGAGAACAUGAUCACCGCCUUCCUGCUCGCACGCCAGGGAGCGCUGGAGAGCUCCGCCAUCUUCCCCCCCUACAGCCAGUGGUUCAGGAUGUCUUUUGGCAGUGCCAGUGGUUACCACGGGAACAGUAAGAAGUCUUUAGUGUUCCUGCUGAAGUUCCUAUCAGACCUGGUGCCCUUUGACCCCCCGCAGUACCUGAAGGUGCACCUGCUCCACCCCCCCUUUGUCCCAGCCAAGCACCGCACCCUCCUGCUGGAGUAUGUGUCCCUCGCCAAGACCCGGCUGGCUGACCUGCAGGUGUCGGUGGAGGAGAUGGGGCUGUAUGAGGAUGUUUCUACUGCCACUGCACCACUACAGCCCCAGUGCCAGGCACUUCAGGACGUGGAGAGGGCAGUUUCUCUGUUUGGUAGCACGGGGAAGAUUUCUGCAGCUGUGAUGGAAGCCAGUAUUUUCAGGAAGCCCUACUUCUUGUCGCGGUUCCUGCCUGCUCUGCUGACUCCACGCGUGCUCCCCGAAAUGGCUGACACUCGCAUGGCUUUUAUCGAGUCUCUCAGGAAGGCAGAGAAGAUUCCGGCGUUUUUAUAUUCCACGUACACCCAGGCCUGUGAGUCUGAGAGACAGACACAGCUGGAAGGUAUUGAAGUUGGUGAUCAGGAGCCACAGGAGAGACUGCAGUGUGAGCUUCAGGAACUGCGAAGCUUGCUGUCUACACCAGCUAGAGAACAAGACCUCCAGGCUCCUCUGGCGCGGGUGUCAGAGGCCCUCGGGGGGGCUGUCCCGGACACAGGGGACCCCCCUCUGGAUCAGCCCGUGAUGCGGCUCCGCCCGGACACGGCCAGCCAAUCAGAGACGGAAAACAAGGUCGUCAGCAUGGUACUGAGGGGCUUCUGUCAGUGCCUGAUGGAGGCCUCCAGAAUGAACCCGCCAAACAGACAGGGUCAGUGGGCAUGGCAGUUUGUGAGGAUGUUACUAGGACACAGGAAGCUGCUCCCAGCCCUGCUGCACCGACUGUGGGACCUGCUGCGUAACCAGGGGGCGUCACUAGGUGGUGCUCAUGUGUUGGGACUGGCCGUGUUCAUGCUGCACCUGCAUGCACUCCGGGCCCAGUGUCCGGUGGUGGAGUCCAGCCCCGCCCUGCUGCCCUGCCCCCUGCCUCUCCCUGAAGCUCUGAGCCACGCCUUACACUGCAGCUCCCAGGAGGACAUGGGCUUCUGCCUGCGGUUCUGUGUGGCUGCAGUCUGCUACGGACUCUGCAGAGGAAACUCGCCUGAGAGCGUGCUGGAGCUUGUUCCCAGCAUCCUCUACAGGAAGUUGCUUUACCUAAUCCCCAGACUGGUGCCAGCAACACGGGUGGGGCCGGAACCAGCGGGGCAGGCGCUAGGGCCAAUGGGGGCGGAGAGAGAGGAGCGUGUGCCGCUCUGGGAGAAUAUCACAGACCCCUGCGCCUCCUGGAGGAGCUCUGCCUCUGUGCUGUGGACACACCCAGACUUCCAGGCCCUGCGCACACUGCCGGGCUACCAGCUCUCAUUUCCUGAGUGGUUAGCAGCUGAACUCCAAGUACAGAGGAGCCAAGAUGCUCUGUCUGACUCAGAGAGACAGGAGUACCAGCAGUGGAUGUGUCAGCAGGAGUAUCUCUGCGCUCCUGUGGAUCAGGGUGGAUGUGCAGGAGACAUGAGGGCUGCCUGCGCCCACAUCCUCACUGCUGUCCUGCAGCUGGAGACCGGAGUGCAGACAGGAUUGACACCCCGGUGUGGACGGCGAGACGUGGACACCUGCCUCCCAGACAUCCUGUGCAGACUGCAGGAGCUGCUGUAUGAGCUGGAGCUGGCUACAGUCUCCACUGGGGCGGGAGGAGAGGGGGGGCGCUUCCUCCUAGACCUGAUUUGGGAGAAGUGCUCUGUGCCCACCAGUGUCCUGAGUGUUAGCACUGACCUGGAGCUUCAGCAGGCACUGCACACCUGCAACAGGGUGAUGGUGGCGCUCCCAGUCACAGCACUCAUAGCUGUACGAACCCAGGGAGGGAGAACCACUCUGGACUGCAGCACUUUCAUGGAGCACGUGAACCACAGACAGCGGCACGUGUGCACCCCCGCGGGGCUGCUGUCGUACCCCCUCACGGCGCACUUCUACAGGGGAGUGCUGACUGCCAGCAUGCGCUGUGAUUGGCCAAGCCAGGCGGCGAAUGAGGCUCUGUCUCAAAUGCACCUGCAGUGUCCACUGCUGCUGGUCUCAGCCGGGUGCUGGUGGGCGCGGCUGGGUCCUGUACUAGUGUCCCUAUGGCGACGACUGAGUGAAGACCCACUGCCGGAAGAAAUCAUGCGUUUGGCUGACAGCUACACCUGGGCCUGCAGCGCGGUGAGGGCGGAGUCACAGCCCUGUCCCUCGGCCCCGCCCCUGCUCCUGGCAGCCUGUCUGCACCACGCCGGGGGGCGGAGCCUCAGCGCAGCGCUGGGGCAGCUGGGAAGGCAGAGGCAGGAGAGGGCUCACGCCGCGCAGGUGCUGGUGUUCCUGCUUUUCUUCUUCAUAACGGAUCUGCUCUCUGCCCUGCUGCAGAACCAGGACGAGAGCGUGGAGAGCGCUCAGGGGGUGUGCGUACAGAUCCUCUCACGCUUGGAGGACUGUACGGACUGGCUCCCUCUGUUCCAGCCGCCUGGGCCAGAGCGAGGCUCGUGCCGGGAGGUUACCAUGGUAACCACUGACAGACACUUGCGACUGAUGCCGCUGGGCUUCUACAGUGUGGUGCCACACCUGGACGGUGAGGUUUUGGGGAGGCUGGCGAGAGCCCCCGGAUUCCUCCUCAGCGCCGUGCACUGCUACUCCGCCCUGAACGCACUCUUCCUGGACGGCUACACCCCCGUCCCCCCUGCAGACCCCCUGCCCAACCAGGUAACCCGUCUGUGUGCCCCUGUCGUUGGUGGUUUUGAGUAGUUUUGAGCAGGUGUGCGCCCCCGUCUGUGUGACUGUUUUAGGUGGUUACAGCAGGUCUGUGUGGCUG